AUGGAUCAAUUGAUCAUGAUCAGAAUGAUUCAAUACCAGAUAAAUCAUAGUUACUGUUUGAUUUCAACCAAAACAGAUAAAGCACUGAUCAAGGGAAAGCAAAAGAUAGUUUAAGAAUACCUAGAUAAGAGACAAAUAGAAUUCAACUGUUCUCAGCUCAUAAUUACUAGACAUAAUAGCAAUAACCCUAACAAAUCAAUUAAUGUUGAAGAAGUGAGGAGAGAUCAUUUAAAUUCAAAAUUAGAUUAAACUGAUGCAAAUAAUAGCACUGAAUGUUUUGACAUGAUAAGAAACUUUAAUAAGAUGGCUGCUGGUAGACUAGGACAAGACCAAGCCAGUGAAUUUAAGAAAUAUCUCGAAAAGUCGAAGGAAAGAGCUUAAGAUAGAGUUAAAACGUCUUAAUAUGCUAGCAACUACUUAGGAAGUAUGACUGAUAGAUAAUCUUUAAGAUAACCUUUUGAGUCUUUACCAAUACCCUAUGAAAAAUCAUAAAAGAAAGAACUGGUUAAAACAUUUACUGAAAGGUAUUCGAUUUUGUAACAAAAGAUAACUGAUGAGGAAAUUCGACUUAGAUUUGCUUAAAAGGCUAGCCUACUUAAAAACAAUAAUCAUCAUAAGAUUGCAAAUUUGUAUGAUAGAUCCCUUUUUUAUAAGGAUAUGAAAGAACAUAUUAAUUAGGAGGCAAAGAGAUUGUCUGAUAUGGGUUAUAUGAGAAAAUUUGAAGAGGAAAACCCUCCUAAUAAAGAUGAUGAGUUCAGAUGGCUUAAGAAAAAACUUAGCCAUAAUAAGAAGGCAAAGGACUAACUCAAGUCUUUCUAAUAAAAUCUCAAGAAAGCUAAGUCUCAUGAAAAAUUACCCUCAAUUAACAGAGACCAAGAAUAAUUUGACGAUUAUCUUGAAAACUUUAUGGAAAUUGUGCAGAACAAUAUUAAAAAAGGUCCAGGAAAACCUUUGCCUCUACCUCAAUGA